AUGGGUAACGCUGACACAAAAUUGAACUUUAGAAAAGCUGUCGUUCAGCUUACGUCAAAAACACAGCCUAUUGACUCUGGGGACGAUAGUUUUUGGGACCAAUUCUGGUCAGAGAGUGUGACCAAUGUCCAGGAUGUGUUCGCACUGGUGCCUGGUGCAGAGAUCCGUGCAUUACGAGAAGAAUCUCCCAACAAUCUCGCGACACUAGUUUAUAAGGCUGUAGAGAAACUGGUGAAGAUGGUGGACAGCAGCUGCCGGACGCAGAGGGAACAGCAGACAGCAUUAAACUGCGCUCGUCUCCUGACAAGAGUGUUACCAUACAUGUUGGAGGAACCGGAGUGGCAUGGUUUCUUCUGGUCAUCAUUACCAGCGGCCGCUGAGAAUGAGUCAGUGCCGCUAGCCCAGUCACUUAUCAACGCUGUCUGUGAUCUACUGUUCUGUCCGGACUUCACAGUCGCCACCACGAAGCGGGCAGGUCCCGAGCGUGCAGAAGAACUAUCAUCCCUAGACAGUUGUGAGUACAUAUGGGCGGGCGGCGUCGGGUUCGCGCGGUCGCCGGCGCGGGUGGCGGCGCACGAGGCGGCGCGCACCGAGCUACUGCGGCUCAUGCUCACCUGCUUCAGCGAGACCAUCUACAAACCUGCCUCACACGCCGCCUCGCAUCAUAAUAAAUGGAUCGCCUACCUGACGAGCCCGGACAACCGCCACGCGCUGCCUCUAUUCACGUCGCUGGUGAACACGGUGUGUUCCUACGACCCGGUGGGACUCGGCCUGCCGUACAACCAUCUACUCUUCGCCGACACACUCGAGCCGCUCGUUGAAGUAGCUCUUCAAGUGCUGAUUGUUACUCUGGACCAUGACACGAGCAACGCAGUCAAUGAGGAGUCGGACGAGACGCUCCCAGACAAUCUGUUCAUCAACUACUUAUCCCGCAUCCACCGCGAUGAAGACUUCCAGUUCAUCCUGCGAGGUGUGACGAGGCUUCUGAACAACCCAUUAGCACAGACAUAUCUACCCAACUCCGCGAAGAAGGUCAACUUACACCAGGAACUGUUGGUGCUGUUCUGGAAGAUGUGCGACUAUAAUAAGAAAUUCAUGUACUACGUGCUGAAGAGUAGUGACGUGCUAGAAGUAUUGGUGCCCAUACUGUACCAUCUCAACGACUCACGCGCAGACCAAUCUCGCGUGGGCCUCAUGCACAUCGGCGUGUUCAUCCUCCUGCUCCUGUCGGGCGAGCGCAACCUGGGCGUGCGCCUCAACAAGCCCUACACGGCCACCGUGCCCAUGGACAUCCCGGUCUUCACGGGCUCCCACGCAGACCUACUGGUCGUUGUCUUCCACAAGAUCAUCACCACGGGACACCAGAGGCUGCAGCCACUGUUUGAUUGCUUGCUUACUAUACUUGUUAAUGUAUCUCCAUACCUGAAGACGCUAUCAAUGGUAGCGUCCACCAAGUUGCUACAUCUACUGGAAGCGUUCAGUACUCCGUGGUUCCUGUUCUCGCAGCCUCACCACCAUCACCUCGUGUUCUUCCUGCUGGAGAUGUUCAAUAACAUGAUACAGUACCAGUUUGAUGGUAACUCGAACCUGGUGUACACAAUAAUCCGCAAGCGCGGCGUGUUCCACAACCUCGCCAACCUCCCGCACGAACACUCCGCCAUCGCGCGCUCGCUCGCCGCCGGACGCGCCCGGGGACCGCUGCACAAGGCACUGCCCAGCCAGCAGCCCGACCAAACACCACUUCAACAAGAGGGAAAUAUUUUACCGAAUGGAACUAGCAGGAACAAAAGGAAGACAGGCGAAAGGCUGCGGUCUCGCAGCGCUGAGUCUGUGGCCGAGACCCCGAUGGAAGGGUCCCGACCCGCCCAGCCAGCGGAGCCCGGCACGCUCAAUCCUACACUCGCUGAGACACCUGCAAUCAGCACAAUGACAGAGCGUGAGUCAGCUCACCCGCCGCCGCAGCGUCUAGAAGUUGACGCGAUGGAGUCGUCCGACGCGACCGUCAUAUCCGAUACUACCGACACGGCCGUCACUCCUCACGACGGAGACGCCAGGGAGCCCCGGGACAGGCUGCUGCCGCACCGGGCCGGACCUGAUGGACAGGACAGACCUGAUGAAGCUGAUGUUGAUGAGGAUGGGGACAAACGGACUGUGGCACAUAGGAACAGUCUACAAGUGGGCAGUGGAGGUCGUCCCCCCCAGGAGGGAGGGUCGUGGCGUCCGUCAGCGGAGUGGGUAUCAUCCUGGCGCGGCAAGUUACCGCUGCAGACCAUCAUGAGACUGUUGCAGGUGCUCGUACCACAGGUCGAGAAGAUCUGCAUUGACAAGGGUUUGACAGACGAGUCAGAGAUCCUCCGGUUCCUACAGCACGGUACCCUGGUGGGUCUCCUACCAGUGCCGCACCCCAUCCUCAUCCGCAAGUACCAGGCCAACGCAGGCACUGCUGCAUGGUUCCGGACGUAUUUGUGGGGUGUCAUCUAUAUACGUAACGUGGACCCGCCGAUAUGGUACGACACAGACGUGAAGCUCUUCGAGAUACAGCGUGUGUAA